AUGCUUCGCCUUCUUACAACGCUCCUCUUGGCCGGCGCUGCCCUGGCUGCCCCAUCGACCCUGGACCUUCGCGCUCCCGAGAAAUGCACUCAAAAGUCAACCAAGACCAAGGCAUGGGCCGUAAAGGACUUUGAUUACCACGCUUCAUACAUCUUCACCACACCCGCUCACCAAAACUCAUGGGGCUACGUCAACUUUACUCUGGAGAACCCUAGCCUCAAGUAUAAGGCUCAGUGCUCGGCCGCCUCCAACCAGUUGGACGUCUUCUUCUACGGUAACUUUGUCUACAACUGUACCGAGGACGUACCCGGUGAUGCGGCCACAUUUACCUUCUCAUACCCCGCUGAGGAACUCAAGGUCAAUCAGACAUGGGCUUGUCCCGGAGAGGGCAGUCGCUUCUGGGCUCAGGGUGGUGCCAAGUUUAAUUUGAAAUGCACCGACAAAAGCUGGCAGAAUCCUGACUGGAAGAUGGGUCAGACUUACUCUACUCGCUUUAUCAACUGCAACCACUUCGAUGCUCCCGUUCCGAUUGAGUCCAUUCAAGCAAUUGCUUAA